GCGGUGAGUUCAGCAGCUGAAACCUCCGCCCCUGCUGCUCCACUGUGGGUAUCCAGACAGUAAGAAGAGUGCAUCAAAACUUCAGGGGAUUUAUUUUGCGUCCCAUUGUUGGGAAACAGUGAAGAGUAAAACGGGAGGUGAGGAUGUCUUUACAAAAGCUACCAGGCUCUUUUGGAGUCAUGUUCCCUGCGUACUCUAUGCCCAUGAAAGCGGAGCGCAGUCGGAAUAAGGAGCGGCUGGAGGCCAGCCUGGCCGGCUUGUGUGAGCUGGAGCUACUCAAACAGAGGCAAGAAUGCCGGGUGCUGAGCGCUCUCUGCCUCGGGGACUCUCCGGUUCCCGGGCGUCCGCCUUGGGGAGCCCUACGGUCGGCACGUUGCGCCCUGGACGUACCAAACGCCAACACGUCGGAUGACUAUAGCCUCAGCCUCCAAACUAGCAGUCUCCAGUGUUCGCCCUGUGGUAUGAAGUCAUCUUUAGAACAGCAGGUGGCAGAGCUGAAGGUGAACACUGAGGUCCAAUCAGAAUCCCCUACUGAUCUACAGGAGGACAGCAAAAUCAUUUCAGGAGAGGUCCUUGCAGCCAGGAAAAAUGGAUCUCCUGAAUCAAAUUACCACCCUUUGGUCCCUCGUUCCCUCUCAGCACCUGAGGGGACAGGAGAGACAGAGACGAGAGAGACAUGGCUGUCAGAUCCAACAAGAUGGGUCACGGUUACUGAUGCUUUGGGGGAGAUGAGGGAUGUUGACCCUAGUCAGGAAGAUUAUCAACAAGCACAAAAAGUUGAGACCUAUAUAUUUGGAUUGAUCCAACGCCGAGCUCUACCCACACGCUCCUCAAAGCCCCGCACCAGCCUGGCACAUGAUGCCCGAGCUGUCAAUGUGGUGAGGCAGAGUAGUUUAUGCCGCAAGGAUGAGCAACAUUCACCUAAGCAGGUGUCUGUUAAAGAGAUCACUGCUCCGUCCCAGUGUUCAGAGGGAACUGCUUCACAGGCUUGUCAUUACCUUGAUCAGGAGCCUUACCUAGGGACAGGGUUUACUGAAGAUGUCCCGUACCACCACAAUAAACAGCAAAGUAUCCAGCAUCCACCAGGACUGUAUCACAGGUCAAGGCAGGCCUCAAUGAUUAACACCUCCCGCUCAACAUUGCUGGACUAUCCAUCGUGCAGAGUGCUGCAAACCCACCCAGACUCCAGCAAUAGCGAGCCUGAUUCACCCCAACAUUUCCACAGCUUCCCUUCCCCUCCAACUCUGUCAAAGCCUUAUCAACCACUUUCACCUGAUGAGCAGCUGGUCAAUGCAGAGUAUAUUCCAGCCCAGCCUUGCAGAGCCUCCACCAGAGCUUAUGCCCACCACCAUUCAAACCCCCACAAGGGGUCCGGGGUGCCCAAACCCAAUCGAAGCACAUAUUCUCCAGAAAGAAGCCUUCAUCAUCUGGAGCAGCAGCCCACAGCAUCUCAAAUUCAACCCUCCAGAUCCCGAGGGGGCCCAAAGAAGUGUCGCUCGAAUGAAGAUAGAAAUGGUGUCAGCAGGAAGCCAGGCAAGAAGGCAUGUAGGUCUCAGUCAGAGAACAGCCUGCAAAGGGUUCCAGAACGCAAGUACAGUACAGUAGAGAGGGAUGGUGGAGGAAGUGGAAGCGGUGGAAGGGGAAGCCGCAGUAGUCAAUCCAGGAGCAAGAAACAACAGCAAGGAGGUAGUAGCUGUCGGCGCUGGCAGUCCACCCUGGAACUUAGCCAAGACGAGGCUGACCAGCCACCCAUGCAAGCACCCAUGCAAGGCUCUUCAUCUUCAAACCAAAGGGACCAUUGUGCAAGGCGCACACGCAAAUCUCGCCCUAUACAUGCAUCGCAUGCCUACCCACACCUCCUCCACUCCCACCAUCAUCAGCACAUGGAGUACCAGUUAGAGAGGGACCAAGUACCACCGUGUCAGCCUAGUCAGGACUACCCUCACCCACGUCAGGGUGAGUCUGAGUCCAGCAUGAGCGAGGCUGAUUCUCCAGAUUCCAGCUCUUUGUCCAGUGACUCUGAUGAAAGUGGUGGUCUGGUUUGGCCCCAACAACUGCCCCCUCAACUUUCCCUUCCAUCACCUUCUGCCCAACCUGGGGCAUCUCUGCAGCCCAAGGCCUUUGUCAAGAUUAAGGCCUCACAUGCCCUUAAGAAGAAGAUCCUGCGCUUCCGCACUGGUUCAUUGAAAGUAAUGACCACUGUAUAAAGUGGAAUACUGGCCAGACUGCAAGGCCAUGAACAGCAGAGUGUUACAUUAUAUACAACGAUGCACCACAAACUACAGUGAAUGCAAACAUGAUUGUGUAUUGUGUAGUUGACUAAAUCGAUUCGAUGAUUUUAGAUAAUCCUUAACAAGCAAGGAAGUAAAUGACCAUAUCAGCUGUUGUUUCAAAAAUCAGAUGUAAAAUUGUAUAUGAAUUAUUACAUCUUACUAAAAGACUCAUGUUUUGUCAAAGGGUACCAUAUUUGGCCACAUUGGCCCCCUAAAUAUCCCCACCCAUGGACAUGCACACACCCACUGAUAGAACAUAUCAUAGUCCAUGCUGGCAUUGUCUUUGAGGUCACAGUGAAAUGUAUUUCAUGAUUUAAAUGUCCGGCUAGGCACAGAUUAAUACACCCAGGGGACAUUGGGCCUCAUGCAAGAAUAUUUUCGUAUCCUAAACUCCUGUUACUUCGUGUGGCUUGUUCAUACAACAAUCCAAGUCAGAUUCACCAAACUAGCUUAACCACUCAAAUAAUUUGUUUGAACCUGACAAAUGCCACCUGUUUGUGAGUAGUUAGUAGGUGAUGUUAUGUUAUCAUUAACAUAACCAACACUUUGUUAUGUACAGAUAGCUUUAAAAAGUAUGCCAGGUUGUCAGCCUCCUUUCAAAAGAAGGACCCUUUGUCUCUAAGUUGUCCAUACUGCUUUCUGUCGCAUUUUAAGCAAAUUAUUCAAAACACAGUUACACAUGCACAUUGGAAACAUAUUGUUGAAAAUAUAGUACAAUGCUGAGACAGGCCACAGUUUCCUUAUAUUUAGACUGUGAAAUCCUCUUUUAUUGCUGAAAUGAUGCAUACCUGUUAUUAUUUAAUUAUUAAGUCUGCAAUUAAAUAGAAUGAUAUCUCAAGACAAAAAAACAAAGGUUAGUGCUUCCUACAUGUUUUUCUUCAUAAACAUACAGUUAUUAAAUAUAUUGUGGAUGGAAGUUAAUGUAUCUGUAGGACAUAGGGAGAUGUGACCACCAUGUAAAAUGAGUAGUGAAAGAGUGGAUUGUUAGUACAGUACAAAGUGCUUGCCAGACAUUUUGUCUGGAAUUUGUGGUUGAGACAGUAAAUCUUACUGUAGAAAAAAAUAAUUUGAGCUGAAAAGAAGUAUAUAAAUCUUUGACAUUUAACUGUAGCAGCUUACACAAACCAGCAAGAUACCGCAGUAGCGUCUUUAAAAAGUUUUGGAGAGAUCAAAUGUCUCACACAGUAUUUUUUAAAGACCUUGUUUAAAAUGUUAAGUAGCAAAUUACAGUUUUUAAUGUUUUAAUGUUAAUAAGAGGCUACUUGACUAAUAAUGUGCCUGCCCAAAGAAUGUAUUGUUACAAUGUCACUUUCAGUAUUUGACAGUAUUAUCAUUUAAAGUGCACUAGCCAACUAACUAUUAGCUUCUCUUUGUAUGAAAUUUGUUUGAAAAAAUGUAUUAUAUAAAAUUAAAGUGUUUGUUUUAAUAAUA